UGGUACGAGCAUUUGGGCCAUUUCGUGCUCGUUUCAAUUUAGCCGAGGUCGACCUAUGAUGCUUUUGAGGUCGACCUAUGAAGGCAAAAGUUCGAGUUGUGCCAUUGUCUUUGAAUUAUUUGUGCGAAACUAACACUGGUCGACCUCUUCUAAUUAUGAGGUCGACCGGAUCUGUUUUGCACUCAAUUGGUACGAGCAUUUGGGCCAUUUCGGGCUCGUUUCAAUUUAGCCGAGGUCGACCUAUGAUGCUUCUGAGGUCGACCUAUGAAGGCAAAAGUUCGAGUUGUGCCAUUGUCUUUGAAUUAUUUGUGCGAAACUAACACUGGUCGACCUCUUCUAAUUAUGAGGUCGACCGGAUCUGUUUUGCACUUAAUUGGUACGAGCAUUUGGGCCAUUUCGGGCUCGUUUCAAUUUAGCCGAGGUCGACCUAUGAUGCUUCUGAGGUCAAACUAUGAAGGCAAAAGUUCGAGUUAUUUGUGCUAAACUUGUUGAGGUCGACAUGUGAUGAUAUUGAGGUCGACCUCGGGCCAUUUAAAUCGAUUGAAAGCCAAAUGUUCAUGGGGAGUGCAGUGCAGGACAUUAGGCCACCUUGUAAUGCACUCGAAGACACAAACAUCUGCUGCUUUCACCGAGUUCUCCUUUGCUUGUCGGUGACCGGCAUAGGGUUGCAAAGGAUAACUCGGUGAAGGCAGCAGACGUUUGUGUCUUCGAGUGCAUUCCAAGGUGGUCUAAUGUCCUGAACUGCACUCCUGAUGAAAGUCACAUCUGGUUUUCAAUCGAUUUAAAUUUUCCGAGGUCGACCUAUGCUUCUUCUGAGGUCGACCUAUGAAAGCAAUUUUGUACUUGAAUUGUUACGGGUUUAUGUUGACCCAUUCUCGUUUUAAAUUAACUGAGGUCGACCUAUGCUUCUUUUGAGGUCGACCCAUUCUCGUUUUAAACUAACUGAGGUUGACCUAUGAUUCUUCUGAGGUCGACCCAUUCUCGUUUUAAAUUAACCGAGGUCGACCGCUUUAUGGAGUGGUCGACCGCGUAUUGUUCAUUUCGAAAAUGUGACUAACGUGUAUUCUUGCUUGUUUGAUCGCAGGAUGUUUGCCGGCAAAAAGAAAAGAAAGGCACAAAAAGCUGCUGCCUCAAGUUCGGAAUGGGAAGAGUUCAAUCCCAAUAUGUUCCAGACCAAGGAGCAAAGUGAGAACUAUGAAGAGAAGAGAAUGCACAACCGCAGGGUGGCUCCGGGAAGGCCAUUGACGACGGAUGCGUAUUCUCAUUUCAAGAAUUACGGGUUUCUGGGACCCUUCAUUGAGCAGGAGUGGCUGAAGGUGAUAUCACUCAAAUGACUCAAUGUACCAUACUACCCAAAACUGGUACAAUACUUCUACAACAACAUCGUCUACGAGCGCAAUGCAAAUGGAUCCAUUCACGCAUUCAAAUCCUAUGUGAAUGGGGUGGCGAUGCGCAUCAGCAAGAAUGUGUUGGCGCAAGUACUUGAGGCUCCAAACGAGGGGAAGAGAAUCCAUUCUUACGGUGCUUGGAAUGAAACGCAUUUCACGAGAGCCAAGCAAAUCCAUACGCUAUGUGGUCUUUAUGAAGAGGAAGAUGCUUAGGGGCGCAAUAGGCCAACGAGUAACCACCUGACAGUUCAAGCCAGAGUUCUUCACCACAUGCUUUCCUACAACAUUCUGCCAAAGGGUGGACAUCGGGAGACAGUCACCUACUUCGACAUGGAGCUCCUCACCAACCUACUGUUAAACGAGUAGGUGAACUUGCCAUACUUGAUCUUUAACCACAUGCUUACUGCUGCAGAGGGUUCAAACAGGAAUCUUCCCUAUGGGAUGAUCCUCACUGUGCUAUUUGAGCAUUUUAAUGUGAAUUUAAGUGAAGAGGUGGGGUUAAGAAUCUCAAGGCAGGAGUUCUAUACUGUUUCAUCUAUGAAAACGAUGGGCUUUGAGCUGCGUAAUGGUGAGUAUGUCAGAGUAAACAAUGCUCAUGGUGGUGAUGAUGAUGAUGAUGGUGAUGAAGGAGCUCGAGACGAGCCAAUGGCGGAGGCACAGAGUUCAACUCCACCGAUCACCUUACAGCGUGUGUGGGAGCGCAUGGAUGGCAUGUACGAGUACAUGGGCCAGAUGUCCACCCAGAUGACUGGCAUGCACGACUACAUGGGGCAAAUGACCGCCCAGAUGAGCACCAUGCAGGUGACCGUGAAUGAGAUGCGAGAUGAGUGGCGAUCUUUCAGCGGAAGAUACAUGCAUCCCACCACAUCCGACCACCAUCAUGCUAGCACCACCAAUGAAGAAAAUGUGGAUGAGAGAGAGGGGGGAGAUGAGUAGGAGAGAGGAGAUUUUAUAUUGUGUGUUUUAGUGGUCAAAACGAUUGUUGAUUGUUAUUCUGUUGUUUUUUUAGUUUUAUUUUUAUGUGUGAACAAUUAUGAUUUCUGUUUUAUUUUUAGUUGUUAUGCUAUGAAUUGAUGAGUCCUUGUUAUAAUUAUUUAUGACUAAUUAUGAUGGUUUGAAACAUAAUUUAUAGGAUUAAAAGAACCACACAAAU